AGUUUAGAGUCGAUAAUUCAGCGAGACUUCUUUCCUGAUGUGGAGAAGCUACGAGCGCAGAAGGAAUAUCUGGAGGCUGAAGAAAAUGGUGACUUGGAGAAAAUGAGACAAAUUGCUAUCAAGUUUGGCUCCUCCUUGAGUAAAUCAUCGAGGGACACACCUGCACCCUAUGUUACUCCAGCCACAUUUGAAACCCCAGAAAUGCAUCCAGGUGGCCUUCCGCUGGGGAAUAAAUCCAAAGGUGGCAUAAAAGCUGCAGAGGAAGGAGAAGCAGGAAAAGAUGAUAAAGAUGCACUUCCCAGUUUGGACAGCUUCUUAGCAAAACACACGAGUGAAGAUAAUGCUUCGUUUGAGCAGAUCAUGGAAGUGGCCAAAGAGAAGGAGAAAGUUAAGCAUGCUUGGCUGUACAGUGCAGAAGAGGAGUAUGCCCAGCGACAAAAUCAGAGCCUGGUGCUUCCUUCAGCAGAACAGGAAGCUCUGGAAAAUGUGAAAGCUGGACUGGAGACCUGGGAAUACACAGCUCGAAACACCCUCAUGUAUUAUCCAACAGGUGUUCCUGAUGAGGGUGACGUAUUUAAGAAGCCCAGGGAAGUUGUCCAUCGAAACACUCGUUUUGUGAAGGACCCUUUUAGCCAAGCUGUGAGCAAAUCACAGCUCCAACAAGCUGCAGCCCUCAAUGCUCAGUACAAACAAGGCAAAGUGGGACCAGAUGGGAAAGAACUGAUACCCCAAGAGUCUCCAAAAGUGAAUGGAUAUGGAUUUGUGGCAACCCCCUCUCCUGCCCCUGGUGUGAAUGAGUCUCCUUUUAUGACAUGGGGUGAAAUCGAAAGUACCCCUUUGCGUCUAGAAGGGUCAGAAACACCGUAUGUGGACAGAACACCUGGACCAGCCUUCAAGAUCCUGGAGCCCGGGCGCCGUGAGAGGUUGGGACUCAAGGUGGCCAAUGAAGUGGCAGCUAAAAACCGAGCAAAGAAGCAGGAGGCGCUUCGAAAAGUGACAGAAAACUUGGCCAG